AUGUCCAUCCUACUUACUAGUUUAGUGAUUUUGACAGCGAUAGCCACCAACAUUGUGUUUGGUGCCCCAGCAAUCCCUGUCUCGGAUGCCAAUUGCAAUUUGAUAACUCAACUUAUAGAUACUAGGUACCCACUGACCGAUCCAAUAGUGUUGCCCGAUGGCAGUAUAAAGUACCGCAUAGCUAUUAUCAGCGAUUUGGACGAAAACUCGGUGAGCCCAAACGAGUCUUUUACGUGGAUCAGUUAUUUCAAAAAGGGGUAUCUGACUUAUAGUCCAGAAAACAAAAAUAUCUCGAUUGAAUGGGAUGAUUCCACGAAUAAAGGCGAUCAGAUCAAAUCACACUUGUCGGAGAACGGUCGAGGAUCAGAGCUAUCAGAGUUGGUCACCUAUAAUGCUAAUCUUAUAACACUAGACGACAAAACUGGAUUGGUUUAUUCAAUCAAAGACAACGUUUUGAUACCCUGGGUGAUGGUUUCUGCCAGCAAUGGACUAACAACGAAAGGUAUGAAGAACGAAUGGGCCACCGUUAAGGACUCAAAACUUUACGUGGGCUCGCACGGUAGAGAACUUGGUCAGAAGGUCGAUCGGUCGUUAAUGUGGGUGAAGAUCAUCGACAAGUCCGGAAGCGUGCAUCACCUGAACUGGACUGAAAACUUCGUCAAAGUCCGGGCUGCCAUGGAUAUACACUUCCCGGGGUACAUGACUCACGAGGCAGUCGUGUGGAGUGACGUGCAUCAACGAUGGUUCUUUUUGCCGAGAAAAGCUUCGGUGGAACCUUACGAUCAGUUGACGGACGAACGGAAGGGCACGAACGUACUGUUAUCCGCCUCACCAGAUUUUGAUGACGUUAAGGUGGUAUACAUAGGUGAACUAGUACCUAACCAUGGUUAUUCUAGCUUUAAAUUUAUUCCUGGAACUAACCAUACAGUUAUUACUGCAAUCAGCACUCAAGAAGAAGGCAGCGUCACAGCCACGUUUAUAAAUGCGUUCACCAUCAACGGAGAGAUCCUUUUUCCGGAAACCAAAGUUUCAGAUCUUAAGUAUGAAGGAUUUGAGUUUAUAUAA